GUCGAAUUUUCCAAAAUUCUCGAGUUUUUAUGCGGUUUCAACAACGUGAACUAACAGGAAUGUUAGUUGGAGAUUCAGGAUAUCCUUCUCUCACAUUUCUUCUAACACCGUUCAGAAAUCCACAAAAUGAUGAAGAACACAGGUAUAAUGAAAUUCAAUCACGAACACAAAUGGUUGUUGAAAGAACUUUUGGAAUAUGGAAAAGACGAUUUCCUUGUCUAUCAAAAGGAUUAUCAUUAAAACUAUUAACAUGUACUGGAGUUGUAUCAGCUUGUGCAGUUUUGCAUAAUUUAUCACUACAUUACAAGGACGUUCUCCCAGAGGAACCAGAACCUAAUGUAGCAAUUGAAAAUAAUGAGGAGCUGCCCUACGAUGAACCUCAUUGGCAACCUGGUGAUGGUCAUGUUAUUAGGCAAAAUGUAGUUCGACAAUUAUUUAAUUAGUAGUGGAGCGGAGUGGAGCAAAAUGGCGUCGCGUUGCGUCAAUAAUAGGCAACAAGGUAAUUAAAGAAAUUUAUUCUUUUUUUAAUCGAGCAAAGACAUAAUACGUCAAGUUGUUUCCGUUUUAGUGUAAACAACCGAAAUUUCAUUUAUACCACAUACUUACAGAGUUAAGAUGGUCCCUUAAUUUGAUAAGCUGUCGUAAAGAUAAAACGUCUUGUUCCAUGAUGAUCAAUUUUGUUAAUGUAUUGAAUACAAUUUUGUCCGGCAACGAAAAAAUAGAUUUGGGAAAGUUCAGUUUCACACACAUUGGAUCGAUUGUUAUCCUUUGGAGUGCCCGAAGAACAGAAUUGGAUCUUUAUUGGAGAUGCGACUAUUUUUGAAAAAUGUAUUGUACUGCGAUACAUUUUUCUUCUAAUAAGUUGAAAUUUCUUGUAAUAAUUUGAGUCGGUAUGUUUUUGUCUUUUAUUUUAAAUAUAUUAAUCUCAUAAUGUUUUUCGAGCUACAUUUUCAAGUUCAUGUGACGAACACUUGCUAAAAUUUGCUUGUAGAUGGUGUCAAGAAAAUGUUGGACGCAUUGUGGUGUGUCGUCGCAUCUCGAGUUCGCCAAUUUGUCUUCGAGCCCGUGCUCUCUGGUGACAAUUAUAAAAUUAGCUGCGUUCAAUGGAGAAUGCAGCGGUGGCAGCAUUGAUGUUUGUGAAAGACAAGGUCAGAAUAUUUUAUCCAAAGUAUCUAUUUUUUGAAAAAAUAAUAUAACAAUAAUAAAUUGUUUUGUGUCUUUAGAAUUACCCAAUAUUAUUUCAUGUCGAUUCUCAAGAAUGAGCAAUUUGUUAAAAACUUGAAGAAGGAAAUUCCAAAUUUUGACACUAUUUUUACCCAAGUUUGUACAUACUUAUUGUUUAUCAUGUUACGAAAUAAUCAGAGCAGAGUUCAUAAAAUUUAGGCUUGGAUAAAAUGUUCCAUUGUCAGUUACGACACAAACAGAGAAGAUAUAAAGAUUUUGCAAAACUACAUUCAGUCUCAGUGAGAUCAAGAAGAUGGAUACAUGUCAUUUACAAUAGAUUGAAUUGCGAGCAAGUUGAAAAGAUUCUAAAAGCUCGCGGCAUUAAAAGGUGGCGAUGACGAAAAGAAGAAAGAGACAUGACUUAAUGAGAAGCCAGUGGUGUAAUGCGUUUUAAACGUGUGGGGGAAAUGAAAAUUGUCAUUGUGCGAUAUUUAUUUCAAUGUAACUUAUUUUUGGUUUUAUGUUUACAUAUCACAUAUCAAACUGGUUUACAUAUCACAUAUCAAACUGAUUUACAUAUCACAUAUCAUACUGACAUUACAUAAUUACACUAAAAAAAAAAACGAGAUCAUCUAUGUCAGCAUAUACAUAUCAACUUAAUAUGUAAUUAAUAAUUUUAUAUUUUAAUAAUAAAAUAAAAUA